UAUGAGAUGGACGGUGGUGCUCGCGGUUUAUGACUAUUUGAUUAUUUCCGACAGCCAGCCUGGAGGCGGACGACCGACUUGGUCGAGUCCCUCAACAGUCGUUCACUGUGCAGGCAGGCAGUCCCUCUAACCUUCCCAGAUGGGAUCUGGGUCAUGCAUAGCUUGUUCCGGGGAAUCCCCUGGGUCUAGGCGGCACCCGGACGGAACACCAUUACCGUACCAGUACCUGCCACGCCGCGCUAUCGACGGGGCUAAGCCGGUGGCCUAUACACAAUACCGACCGUACCGAACGGCCAGAGGCGGCCAGCGAACUGGCCGAAUUGGCAGGCCCAGCGGCCGAGACGGGACUAGCGGCAGGCCCCAAUCUGGAAAUCUGCUGAAUCCCCGUUCGUCCAUGGCGGAGAAGUGGGGGCGUGGGGGAAAUCCCUUCUUCCAGUUCCAGUUCCAUCCCCUUCUGGGCAGCCUGGGCUCGCUUUUUUUCUGAUCAGACGACCUCUGCCCGUCGUCAGCACUGACUUCCGCCCCUCCCUCCCCGGUCCCGUUGGCC